AGAGAGAGAGAGGGAGAGAGAGAGAGAGAGAGAGAGAGAGAGGGGAAGCAGCAGCAAUGGGUAAGGUAGUGGAGAGGAAGAAGAGGAAGAAAGGGCGGCCAUCGCUGUUGGAUCUUCAAAAGCGGAAUCUAAAGGAGCAGCAAGAACAAGAGGAUGAAGAGCAGAAGCAACAGAAUCACAACAAACCCAAGCGAAUCGACCGGUCCUCCGCAAUUCCCAACCCUAAUUACGCUUCUUCUACUCCCUUGCGGCGAUCUACUCGCCGGAAUCCCAACCCCGACGGACUCACUCCCGAUGACCACGACGAUGCCGAAUACAACCAAGAAUUGGCCAGGAACCGCCGCGAGAGGAAACUCAAGCUCGUUCUCAGAUUGCACUCUCAGAAACCUCCCGUCAAUUCGUCCUCUCUCAAUUCCGGUGGUUCCGAUUCUAAUGCGGAGGGGGAUGAUAAUGUUGCGUCGGCUAAUAAGAAGCGGAAGAUCGGUUCAAUUGCGGAGGGAUCUAGGAUCCAAGACUCCGAGAAGGGUGAAAAGUCCAUUUCUACUACAAACCCAUCGGAAACCCUUCAAGGGUCGCAUAUGGAUUCGGGACCCUCGACGCUUUUACCUGAUAAGAAGCUUUUACUCUUCAUCCUCGACAGGCUUCAAAAGAAGGAUAUCUAUGGUGUGUUUUCCGAACCAGUGGACCCCAACGAGCUUCCAGACUAUCAUGAAAUUAUAGAGCAUCCGAUGGAUUUUGGGACUGUUCGUGGGAAGCUUACUUCUGGAGCUUAUACCAGUUUGGAACAGUUUGAAAAAGACAUUCUCUUAAUCAGUUCAAAUGCAAUGCAAUACAAUGCCCCAGAUACCAUAUAUUUUCGGCAGGCACGUACCAUACAAGAGUUAGCAAAAAAGAAUUUUAGGAACCUGAGACAAGAUAGUGAUGAUAAUGUACCAGAACCUAAAGUAGCAAGAAGAGGUAGACCACCGACCAAGCAUUUGAAAAAACCAUUGGGUCGACCUUCCUUGGAACGUGCUGGUUCCGAGUUUUCCCCGGAUGCCACUCUUGCUACUGGUGGUGAAAACGCAAAUUGGUCGAACGAUUUGAGGAAAGGAUUUCAUCAUUUUGAAAAAACUAGUUUAGCUGAUUUUUCUGGCAGAUUCUCCUUUUCUUCCAAUAGUGAUGCUGCUGCAUUUAACUUGUUUAACCAGAGCAGAAUUGAUAGAAGCGAUGAUAUUACAGGUUCUGGACUGAGAAUUAAUUCAGUGAGACAGGGGAAAAGACCAAUUGUCUCUGAUGAGAAUAGGCGUAACACAUAUAAGCAAUUUCAAGCGGCAGCUGCUUUGCUAGAACCCUCUGUGUUGAAUACAUUUGAUAGAGAGAGGAAGCUUUUAAUGCCAGUCGGACUUUUCUUGGAGCAUGCUUAUGCACGAAGCCUCGCUCGAUUCGCUGCAGAUCUCGGAUCUGUAGCUUGGAGAGUUGCUUCGAAGAAAAUCGAAAGAUCUUUACCAGCAGGUUCAGGUUUUGGUCCUGGAUGGGUUGUAGAAAAUGAUACCACACCAAAGAGAGUGUUUCUACCUCAAGCUGAACUCUGUCAAAUGUCAACAUUACAGCAGCCUCUUGCUCCUGCACAAAAGGGCGUUCGAUCAUCCGACAACUCCGAAGCUGAUACUUCAUCUAAGACACACGACGACGAGCCUUCUCAUGCCCCCAGUUCAGAUGGCCAUUUAAGUAGGCCUCCCACUGAGUUUGCUGCAACUUCAUCAUCACCGUCGAGUACUCAACGAUCUUCUGAGCCGUGCAGGGGACAGGCUGAAGCGGUCGAAGGAUUGAAUCCCAGUAGUGAUUAUAAUGUAUUGGAAAGUAGUAUUCCAACCUCAAGGCCUUCAUUUCAGAAACAACGCCAGACUCCAACAAUCCGCCCUGGUAUGAAUGGAUUCAAUGGUACUUAUGCCUUUGAUCUCUCUGCUCACAGGGGGCAACUAACAGGAGCAUCCGAGCCUGCUGGUGAACAACCUCAGUCAUCUCGAACGCUCGAGACAACGACCUCGAGGACUAAUGCUAACUUCAUCCAUCCAGCAACGGAUCCCAGUACAACAAACUCUUCCAGUUCAUUGCUCGGGCCGGGGAAUGAGGCUCAUUUGCAGGGGCCAUCACCAGCAGAAAAAACAACAACAAUACACCACAAACCGGAAUCAGUUCCCCCGGACGUGAACACGAGAUUUAAAUCUCCAGGAUCUCCUAGCUGUAGUAAGGUGGAGUGUGGUAAGCCUGAUUUAGUAUUGCAGCUAUGAGGAUUAUUACUAAUUGUUGAUCAUUUUUCAAGUUCUUGAUUAAACCAUAGAAAUGGUGGUGUGUUGCUCAUGGAGUAAUGGCAAAACCUACCAACUUGUGUUGUAAAAACAUUAGAAGAGAGGUUCGUUCAUGUACAGAUUUAUGUAUCCUAAUUUCUUAGGUUCAUAGGGGAAGAUAAAAUGUAUUUUAAUUUUAAUUUUUAAAUUAACAAUAAUCCAAAUUGGUUCAAUUCA